AUGGAGGAGGCGCACCUGCUCGCGGCCGCCGACGUGCUGCGCCGCUUCUCGGUGACGGCCGAGGGCGGCCUGAGCCCCGCGCAGGUGACGGACGCGCGCGAGCGCUUCGGCCCCAACGAACUUCCCACUGAAGAAGGGAAGUCCCUGUGGGAGCUGGUAUUGGAGCAGUUUGAGGACCUCCUGGUGCGCAUCCUGUUGCUGGCGGCUCUGGUCUCCUUUGUCCUGGCCUGGUUCGAGGAGGGCGAGGAGACCACAACAGCCUUCGUGGAGCCACUGGUCAUCAUGCUGAUCCUUGUGGCCAAUGCAGUUGUGGGCGUGUGGCAGGAACGCAAUGCCGAGAGUGCUAUUGAGGCCUUGAAGGAGUACGAGCCUGAGAUGGGCAAGGUGAUCCGCUCUGAUCGCAAGGGUGUACAGAGGAUCCGAGCCCGGGACAUUGUCCCUGGGGACAUUGUGGAAGUGGCAGUGGGGGACAAGGUGCCUGCUGACCUCCGUCUCAUUGAGAUCAAGUCCACAACUCUGCGAGUAGACCAGUCCAUCCUGACGGGUGAAUCCGUGUCUGUGACCAAGCACACAGAUGCCAUUCCAGACCCCAGAGCUGUGAACCAGGACAAGAAGAACAUGCUGUUUUCAGGCACCAAUAUUGCAUCUGGAAAAGCCUUAGGUGUAGCUGUGGCCACAGGCCUGCACACAGAGCUGGGUAAAAUCCGGAACCAGAUGGCAGCUGUGGAGCCUGAGCGGACACCACUGCAGCGCAAGCUGGACGAGUUUGGGCGACAGCUGUCCCACGCCAUCUCUGUGAUCUGUGUGGCUGUGUGGGUCAUCAACGUUGGCCACUUUGCUGACCCUGCUCAUGGUGGCUCCUGGCUGCGUGGUGCAGUCUAUUACUUCAAGAUUGCCGUGGCCCUUGCUGUGGCUGCUAUCCCAGAGGGCCUCCCAGCAGUCAUCACUACUUGCCUGGCACUGGGUACACGGCGCAUGGCACGCAAGAAUGCCAUCGUGCGGAGCCUGCCCUCUGUAGAGACCCUGGGCUGCACCUCGGUCAUUUGCUCUGACAAGACAGGCACACUCACCACCAAUCAGAUGUCCGUCUGCAGGAUGUUUGUGGUAGACGAAGCGGAAGCGGGCACCUGCCGUCUGCAUGAAUUCACCAUUUCGGGUACCACAUAUACCCCGGAGGGCGAAGUGCGGCAGGGGGAGCAGCCUGUGCGCUGCGGGCAGUUUGAUGGGCUGGUGGAGCUGGCAACCAUCUGUGCCCUGUGCAAUGACUCUGCACUGGACUACAAUGAGGCCAGAGGCGUAUAUGAAAAGGUGGGAGAGGCGACGGAGACAGCCCUGACUUGCCUGGUGGAGAAGAUGAAUGUAUUUGAUACCGACCUGAAGGCCUUGUCUCCAGUGGAACGCGCUGGCGCCUGCAAUUCGGUUAUCAAACAACUCAUGCGUAAGGAGUUCACCCUUGAAUUCUCCCGGGACCGGAAGUCCAUGUCAGUGUACUGCACACCCACCAGCUCUAACCCCAAGGCUCAGGCCAGCAAGAUGUUUGUGAAGGGGGCUCCAGAGAGUGUAAUUGAGCGAUGUAGCUCAGUCCGCAUGGGGAGCCGCACAGUACCCCUGAACGCGAUGUCCAGGGAACACAUCCUGGCCAAAAUUCGGGAUUGGGGCUCAGGUUCUGACACACUGCGUUGCCUAGCACUGGCCACCAGGGACACACCUCCAAGGAAGGAAGACAUGCAACUGGACGAUUUCAGCCAAUUUGUGCAGUAUGAGACAGACUUGACCUUCGUGGGCUGUGUGGGCAUGCUGGACCCACCGCGGCCCGAGGUGGCUGCCUGCAUCACACGCUGUGCCCGGGCGGGCAUUCGUGUCGUCAUGAUCACGGGGGACAACAAAGGCACAGCUGUGGCCAUCUGCCGCCGGCUUGGCAUCUUUGGGGACAAGGAGGAUGUGUCAGGCAAGGCCUAUACAGGCCGCGAAUUUGAUGACCUCAGCCUGGAGCAGCAGCGCCAUGCCUGUCAUACUGCCCGCUGCUUCGCCCGUGUGGAGCCCUCACACAAGUCCCGCAUUGUGGAAAACCUGCAGUCCUUUAACGAGGUCACCGCCAUGACUGGCGACGGGGUAAAUGAUGCACCAGCCCUGAAGAAAGCAGAGAUUGGUAUUGCCAUGGGCUCAGGAACAGCAGUGGCCAAGUCAGCAGCAGAGAUGGUACUGUCAGAUGACAACUUUGCCUCCAUCGUGGCUGCAGUGGAGGAGGGCCGGGCCAUCUACAACAACAUGAAGCAAUUCAUCCGCUACCUCAUCUCCUCCAAUGUUGGCGAGGUUGUCUGCAUCUUCCUCACAGCAAUUCUGGGCCUGCCUGAAGCCCUGAUCCCCGUGCAGCUGCUCUGGGUGAACCUGGUGACAGAUGGCUUACCUGCCACAGCCCUGGGCUUCAACCCACCUGACCUGGACAUCAUGGAGAAGCUGCCCCGGAACCCUCGUGAGGCCCUCAUCAGCGGCUGGCUCUUUUUCCGAUACCUGGCUAUUGGAGUGUACGUAGGCCUGGCUACAGUGGCCGCAGCCACCUGGUGGUUCCUGUAUGAUGCCGAGGGACCUCGUGUCACCUUCUACCAGCUGAGGAACUUCCUAAAGUGCUCUGAAGACAGCCCACUCUUUGCCGGCGUUGACUGUGAAGUCUUUGAGUCCCGCUUUCCCACAACCAUGGCCUUGUCUGUGCUGGUGACCAUUGAAAUGUGCAAUGCCCUCAACAGUGUCUCAGAGAACCAGUCGCUGCUGCGUAUGCCGCCCUGGCUGAACCCCUGGCUGCUGGGGGCCGUGGCCAUGUCUAUGGCUCUGCACUUCCUCAUCCUGCUGGUGCCACCCCUGCCGCUCAUUUUCCAGGUGACCCCACUGAGUGGACAGCAGUGGGGGGUGGUGCUCCAGAUGUCUCUGCCUGUCAUCCUGCUUGAUGAGGCCCUCAAGUACCUGUCCCGGAAUCACAUGGAUGGAACAAAGGACCAGAAGUGAGUGCUGGGAGCAGAGAGGAGUCUCUAGUAUGGCCCUCAGACUGACAGCACCCACACAUUCACCCCCUCUCUCACCCUUGCCACCCUGCUCAUCCACCUGUUCACUGGGCCCUGCUGGAUGCACAACAGGCCAGAAGCCAGAAGGGCCACUCUCAGGUCCCAUCCCAGGUCUCCGUCCCCACUUCUAUCCAACCUGGCUUCUUGCAGCCCUGACUGAGGAGCUAAGCCAGGAAGGAGUGGCUAAGAACCCAGAGUUGCCUACAAAUUCCUGGCCUCCGAGCAGGGGAGCACGUCCAGGCCAGCGAGGGAUACAUGGCGCCCGAGGGGUGGAUGAGCUUUGCAGGGAAGAGGAGCAGAGGAGCCAUCUGGGCCCAGCUGUGCACAGUGAGGCAGGCAGCCCCUUCCACUCGGCUCUGCCUCCACAAAGUCGGCUCACGAGAGCUGGAGCCAGUGUCUGUUUAUAUGUGCAGGCCCCAGAGGCUUGAGAGGUCAGAGACAGGAACAUAAGAAGCAGAAGGAGGGGUUGGGCCAGGACCCCCGUUCCUAGGAGACAGCCUGGGCUGCCUGCCUGAGUUUAGCUCCAUCCUCAGCCCUCAGCUCACCUCCUCAGCUCAGGUUGACUUGGUUUUGCCUGAGGUCAGCCAGAGGCAAGAUUUGCUGUCCAUGUUCCUGGUGCCUGAGAUCCCACAUAUCCAUGGGCCCUUGGCCACCCCCACCAGUCUUCUGUGGGCAAUGUCACUUACUGCAUGGCUGAGUGAUUUUGAGUCUCCUGGACGCUUGGCAUUAAUCAUUGCUCCCACUCCCCGCAUAUCCAUGAGUCCAAAGGAUGUCACUAAGAAUGGUUGCUCCCCAAGGGUACUUCCUCUCCUUCCUCACUGGAAGAAUCCAUCUUGUGUGGAUUAUUUUCUUUCAGAUGGUAGGAAGAUAACAUUUGAUGGACAGGGUUAUUGUUUUUUUUGUUUUUCUCUCUUAACUAUCUUUUGCAACUUUGGCUAGAUGUAGCAGAGAACUGAGUGUCUGUCCGUGUCUUCACCCCUUCUUGAGAGUAUAUGAAGUGAUUAUUUUAUAUGUAAAUCAAGACUCAUAUCCUUGUCCUGAGCCCCAGAAUCAAAAGCCCCCUCAACUUGACCAAGCUCCCCAUUUGGUAACCUGGCCUCCCAUGCUUCCUCCUUCCCCUCUUGCAGGUUCUAGAGGGGCCCUAGAGAGAAACAAGAGUGGGAGGGGGGCUGUCUUGGCAGGGACAGAGCCCUUUACCCACCUGCUGACAAGCUUUCUGGUAGAGAAAUAAAGGUGUGUGCCUUGGGGAAUG